GCGCAGUUGAGUUAGACAACAGAAGUCUGUUUGUAGUCUCUGUUUAUGUAACAGCAGUGAUUAACAUUAGUUAAACAUGUCGAGCAACAGCGCAAACAGCAGUAACCCGGUUGUCACCAAGAAAGACGUGAAACAGCUGCGGUCUGAACUGGGAAUCCGGAGAAUAAUGGUUUCCCAGGCUGCAGCUGAGCUAAAGGCAUUUUGCUUGCAGAAUGCCCAAAAGGACCCACUCCUAGUGGGGGUCCCUUCCAGUGACAAUCCAUUUCGACCACCCAAGUCAUGUGCACUCUUCUGAGGAAGAAGUUCCGUGGAGGCCAUAUAAAACACGUCUGUCUUGUUCUUUAUUUACAUCAAGUGAACACUACAAGUGGAAAAAUACUUCUACAUUUAAAUAAAUAUUUUUUAUUUUUGUGAGAUGCUAGUGCAGGUAUGUUUUAAAUCAGGUUACACUUUAUCAAUGUUAUUACUUCAUGAAUGGUUUGUUUUACUGUAAAAAUGAAGGUGAUAUGCAAAGGUAAUUGUUUAGGAAUAUGCCUUAAACAUAUAUUUAAUGCCAAGAAGCAAGAGUAAGCAUUAUUGGUGUGGUUUGUAAGAAUGUAAAACACUGAACUUCUUUCAUGUAUUUCUAAUCUGUAUCAUAUCUGUUUUAUUCAUCUUUGAGCCAUGCUCAACAUUUUUGCACAGAUUCUGGCACAGUAUUGCCAGCAUUUUUGUUGCCAUGUAUACAAUAUGGUUGGUAUAUGUACAAAAGAUUAAGAAACUUUUAUGGCAAUAAACACUAAUGACAGUUUUAA